AUGGAGCGCGUGGAAGUAGUGAAAGGGGAUCCCGGUAGCCCAUUGACCCGUGAGGAUCUGAAGAGCAAAGUAACCCUGUUAUCGAAGCACGGUAAAUUAACAGACAUGGAGGCCGUUCAUAGGACAACCGAGCGCGUUUGGCGGCUUGAAGGCGAACAGGAUGCUCGUGGCUUUGCGUGCUCAUAA